AUGUGUGAUGAACAGGCUGCCUUAGGAACAAGUAUCAUAUUCAUGCAAUUAGAAUGCACCAGAAACUUGUGCCCUCCUAGUGUAUGGUAUGGUAGGCGCUUUGUUUUCGUAGAGAGAGAUAGAGGGGUGGAGCCGGCGGGGCGGGGUCACGCCGCGCAGGCGCCGACGGUGGCCGCGGCGGCCGACGGCGGAGGAGGGGUGACGCCGUUCGGUUCGUUCGUACCUACUUUACUUGUUUCAAGUUAUCUCUCGUUUGCGCAUCUAAUUGUAAGAUUAAAAACAAUAAGAAAAAAAGCGUUGGAAAGAAGAAACAAAGAAGAAAAGCUUGUCAAACAAACAGCAAAAAUUGAUAGUUUUUUGAAAAAGAACAAUGACGAAGUGUCAAGUUCUACAAGGUUGAAUGACCUAGCAGAGAUCGAGGCGAAAGAGAUUACGGUGGAAGGGAAAAAUAAACCCAAUGACAAUAUAAAAGCAUCCGAUUUGACUACGCCAGAUCAAGUCGCUUCUAAUAGUACUAAUAUUAUUAAGAAAUCUAACCCUACUGCUACCGUGGCUUCCUGCUCAGCAUCUUGCAAUCCCGCAUGUGAUUUAAUUUCAACUAGUCUGCCUGCACCUUUGCAUGAAGAUUCUGCUAUGGUCGAUAAACAAAGUGAACUAAAAUCUUCAGCAGUCGAAAGUGAUCCAGCUCUGUGGGUUGUAACUGAAGAUUUAAUAGAUCAUUUUUCAAGAAAUGGAUUUGAACAAAAUAUUGAAGGCGAAGAUUUUUCCAAAUCCAAGCGAAGAUCCGAGGAUCAAUAUCGCUUCUUGAACAUAAAAAUAUUUAAAACUAGACUCAUAAACGGAGAGAAAGUUUGUCGUAAUUAUUUAAUAUAUUCAAAAUCGAAGGAUUCCAUAUUUUGUGGACCAUGUCGUCUUUUCGAAAGUGAACAUGGAGGUCAACUUACUUCUGAAUUAGGUUUUUCUGAUUGGAAACAUGCUCACGAGAGACUUAAGGUUCAUGAGUCUAGUUUGGGGCAUAAAAACUGUUUGCUAAAAAUGAAAAAUCGGGGACAAGUAGAGACCCGGGUUGAUUCUCAAUUAUAUAUACAAUUAGAAGAUGAAAAAAAGUAUUGGCGUAACGUAUCACUUCGAGUAGUUGUAGCUGUGAAACAUCUAGCUACGCGUGGACUUCCUUUUCGUGGAAAGACAGAUAAAUUUGGAUCCACAAAUAAUGGAAACUUUCUGAUGAUGUUGGAAGCUAUUUCAGAGUUUGAUCCAUUUCUUGCCAAACAUAUUGAGCAUUUUGGCAACCCAGGAAAGGGCAGCACCUCUUACUUAUCAUUUGCAACAUAUGAAAAAAUUAUUGAAAUUAUGGUUCACAAAGUUACCGAAACCAUAAUUGAGCAACUUCAAAAAGCCAAAUACUUUUCUUUUAGUGUUGAUUCUACUCCGGACAUAAACCAUGAAGAUCAACUUUCUUUAAUUGUGCGAUUUGUUCAAGAUAAUGCAGAACCAGUUGAACGUUUCCUUUGCUUUCUGCCAAAUACUGGUCACAAAGCAGAAGACAUGUUGCAAGCCAUUUUGAAGACUUUUGACAAACUGAAUAUCGAUAUUGCCAAUUAUAGAGGUCAGUCUUAUGAUAAUGCAAGCAACAUGUCGGGGCAGUAUAACGGCCUGCAGGCAAAGAUUAAAAAAAAUGCCAAUAUGCAACAUAUAUACCUUGCGCCGCACAUUCCUUAA